CCUGACUCUUCAUCAUUGCAUCACUUCAUCCUCUUGUGAGAGACAACUACCUUAAAACCUUAAAGCCUUUGGGCUAGCGGGUGAGUUUUUACCACGAUCCUCCGAUCAGGGAGGAAACUGCAGCAGUCCUCAUUAAAAUUCUCUGCCCGUCCUCACUCCCCGAGAAAUCCUCCUGGCGGUGGAUGGGUGGCACCGGCGUCCUGCGCACCGAGCCACCGCGGACCGCUGCUUCAUCACCGGUGGCGGCUGUGGAGAGGAAGGAGGGCUGCUGCUUCACGUCCGGGUCUAUUUAUGGCGUCAGCACGGAGAGAGGAAAGGUGGGCUCACAUGUUCGGGAGUCCGGCGAGGGGAGGCGCCCUGCGCAUCUAGAGUCCGGCGCGUUACAAACACCAGCCGGCCGGGAUACCCGCACGGAGACUCGGUCCGCGGCUCUGCUGGCUUCUUCUUUUCUGCGUUUAUUAACGACGGGGACGGGCAACAUGUGCGCCUGGGUGGUGUGAAGUCCGGCAGCGCGGCUUGUCGGAUGCGUUUUUCUCGGAUACGCCAAGUACCCGACGUUUCAGAGCACCUUGUGUCAUAGAGAACCAUGAGCACUGUGGAGGAGGAGCCGGAUCACAUGAUACCAUGAAGACAAGUCUGCAGGUCCUGCGCUGCCAGCUGCUGAGUGUUCUGGCAUUUCUAGCGCUGACCAUUGGAGUGACUUUGUCAGCACCAGAGCUGUACCUCAGCCACACAUCCCAGGACUCUGUCUCCAUGGCAACCCCCCACAGCAGCUCCUUAUCUCACACCAAACCUCCCUCUCCGGACUGGCAUCAGGAAGGCUCCACCAGUGGGGAAUGGUCACCGAGAGGCGCACCAUCUUCAAAGAUUGUACUUCCCACUGCUGGCCUCCCUCCUUCCAUCAUGCUUGACACAAACACUGUCAUACCAAGCACUGUGAGCACUGAUAGCCAUGUGACUCAGCGCUUGUGGCCUAGUUCUGAAACUGUAAACAAUGGCAGCAGCAUUAUGUCCAAGUUUGAAUCAGUUAGAGAGGAUACAGACGAGAGAAAGAAGCCGCAGGAUCUUACCGAUUCCAGGCAGUUGUGGCCCUCCACUGACCCUCAUUCAUCAGCUGAUGUUGAUCCUCCACGGGGCCUGAAACUCAGGGAGCAGGUUAUUGGAUCUCCAGAGUUGCUUGUGCCCCACACCAUCGUUCUGCGAGAGGUUCCUGGUGUGGAUGAGGCGCCCACAGCUCAGUUGUUGAUAAAGUCAACAGAAGGACCCGCAACACCAGUCCCCAGCCCUUCGGAAAAUUUUACUUCUCCUGUGCCCAUUACAGUCAAAUCCACCGAACCGAGCAUGAAAUCACAUAAACCAACAGUCAUCUCUGUCAACUCUUCAGACACCAUCGAGGAGCCCUGGGUAGUUCUGGGUAAUGGGACAGACAGCCCACCUAUGGAACACCAGCAGGGGCACGUAACUGGCCUUGCAGGCCUGUUCUCCAACAGCAGCUCGGCCCGGGUCGAGGAGGCAUCCACUCUGGGGAACAGCUCGAAGGCCCCCUCCACAGACAGCGGGAACUUCCUCAACAGACAGGUACCCGCCACAACCAGCGAGCCUGCGGCAGCCGGUGACAGCUUGGGCUCCACCGUCAACCCCCAACUGUCGCCAACGACCAUCUGCCUAAACAUGAUGGACAUCGUGUGGAUCGUGUUGGCGAUCAGUGUGCCUGUUUCCUCCAUUUCUGUGCUGUUGACAGUGUGCUGCAUGAGGAGGAAGAAGAAGUCAACAAAUCAAGAGAACAACCUCAGUUACUGGAACAACGCCAUCACUAUGGACUACUUCAGCAGACACGCUGUAGAGCUGCCCAGAGAGAUCCAUACUCUGGAGAGCGAGGAGCAUGACACUUGCCUGCCCCCUAAUGGAGACUACAGUGGCAGCAGCGUGGUCCUGGUUAACCCGUUCUGCCAGGAGACCCUCUUCAUCAACAGAGACAAAGCCUCUGCCAUAUAGCGACGGUUCCUGCUCCUCCUGCUGCGGCUGUCUAUUUUAUACACGGGAUAAAAUAUUCAGAGACUUUUAACAACACAAAGAGCAACCCGAACGAAAAGUGACACUCAAACAGCGAGGAUGCACCUGCAUAUUUUUCUGAUGUACAUUUUCUACAAGAAGGCUUAAUUGUGAUAAAGGUUUCUAUUGUCUUUAUAUAAUACAGAGUAUAUGUGAGUUUUGUCGCAUUACAGUGGCUUAAUAGUAAUUGCACUGUGGAUGUUUGCCACAUGAAAUCUGCUUUAGAAGAAAAAGGUGUGCUAUGAAACCUUUAAAGCUGUUAUUUGUAUUUUUUUUCCUUUGAAAAUUAAUUUCAAAAUACAAAAGCCUGCUGAACUUGAACAUAGCAACUACUUAUUUAAGGAGGAAAACAGAGAUGAAAAAUCAGGGCCUGUGUUUAUCAACUCUUCAGAAAAUACAGAUCCAAUCAGAAGUUCACAUUAUUCAUCAUCAGCAAAAAUGUCUUAUUAGUUGAGGCUUUUAAUUAUUUAUUUUAGACGUUUGUUUUCCAGGCUGAAAUGAUUAUACAAAAUAUAACUGCAAUUAUUUUUAAAAAGAAGUAUUGGGUGGCUAAGUUUAAAUUUAUUGUGAAUUUUCUCAAAUUGCAAACAUGUUUUCACAACUACUUGUCUAAAUGUCCCAUAGCAAGUUUAACCCAUACUGUAUGAUUUUUAUAGCGAUUAAUAAGGUUCUGCCAUAAUUCUAAAUUUAUAUUUGAUUAAAUUGGUGGAGUUAAUUUAAACUUCUCUGUGUUUACAAGACAAUAAUCCCAAACACGUCUUAAAGAAUAGAUCUAAUGUGGAUAAUUCAAGCUUUUGGAACAGCACUGACCUCAACCCAAAUAAAAACUUGAACCCAAACUUAAAAAUUGUCGUAUAAUUAACCAAUUUAAAUCAAUGCUACAAAUUCUAUCAAGAAUCUUGUCAGAAUUAUCCCAAGAUUAAGUUUAGGUUGUUUACUGGAAGUAAAAAGUAAAAAGGCCUCAUCCUUAGAGGCAACUUUUAAAUUUAAUUGAUGCUUCAACUAAUUCCACAAAGGAAAUGCCUUUGGGAAAAGUAUGCUCAUAAAAAUGGCUUUGUUUGAAUAAAAUGAAAAUAAUAUAUAACACACGUCAUUUAUAUGAUAAAUAUAAUGUCCUUCAUCUUGACAUUUUCAAUAAAAAUGUUUCAACAAUUAGUACAUUUAACAUUUUAAUGUUAUGAAAAUGUUUAUGUAUUUAUAGAUGAACCUGAUAAAGCAGUUUGGUAAACGCAGGCCCAGAUUCUACUGACUGAUUUGACCAGAAUAUUUAAGAGUAUUUGGAUUUUAGAGAAUUCGAUUUAUCUAAAAUGACUUUUCCUCUGACGCAUCACCAGCUUUUCUGAGGAGGGACAAUUUAAAUGUCUUAAUUUCUCAUGUUGGCUCUUUAUACAUGUGGUGAGAGUGUGGGUGUGAUAGAGAGAACUUAACAGCUUGUAUACUGAAUGAGCACAUCAGCGUGAGCAGAUGAAUUGUACCCUGUUUACCAAAUAUCCUGGUUAUUGAAGGUUCACCAUGGCUUUGGGUCUUUGUUUGCUGAGUUUGGUCCGUUUGUCUCUACGUUUGCCUCUGAAUGUGUGUCUGUCUCUCGUCUAUGUUGUGGAGAGAGCUUUUCAACACUGUAGGAAACAAAAUAGCUCAUCCUCUCUGCUGUAACAGUCUCAUUAAUGUGUUUGUUGAAGUGUUAAAUGAUUAUGAAUCACAUAAAAAUACACUGACAUACAGCAAACAGUGUGCGCUGAAUAUUUCCUGUAAGAACUGGUCCAAUUGAAUAGUUUGUGGUCCCGCUGUCAUCUGUUUCACUUUUGCAUUGCUGCAGUUUAAAUCAAUAAUCAAUGCUGGCUGCUGUCUCUGUCGUUGCUAAAGAUUUUAUUUUGUAUUUUCACGUUGCAAGGCAUCAAUUCUGAAAUCACCAGGUCGAUAGGUGGUGCUGAAUGACACAGCUAUACAUGAAAAUAUCUCCUGCAUCAGAUGCUCACAGCUGGGCUUGUUGUUUUGCACGCUCAAAAUGUGAAUAUUUUAACAAAACAUUCAGUGGCACGGUGGAACAGUGUUUAAACAUAAUGUUAUUUUUUGUACUGUAGUAUACACUGUACUUUUUACUGCUGAGCAAUAAAACAGAAGAAAAACACCUGAA